AUGGGAGAGGAGGCGUCGAUCGCGAUAGCGGCGUUCGUCUUGCAGCCCCCCGGCGCGGUCGUCCCGCCGCCCAACUUCGCCAUGGUCGGCUGCGGCCUCUACCGCUCCGGUUUCCCGGACGCCGCCAACUUCUGCUUCUUGACGACGCUCAGGCUCCGUUCCGUCUUGUGUCUUUGCCCUGAGCCCUACCCGGAGGAGAACAUGGAGUUCCUUCGGGAGAACGGGAUCAAGCUGUUCCAGUUCGGGAUCGACGGUUGUAAGGAACCGUUUGUCGACAUUCCAGAAGAGACAAUUUGCGAGGCCCUCGAGGUUGUUCUUGAUGUCCGAAACCACCCGCUCCUCAUUCAUUGCAAACGAGGAAAGCACCGAACCGGUUGCAUCGUAGGCUGCCUAAGAAAGCUUCAGCAUUGGUGCCUCACUUCCAUUUUCGACGAGUACCAUCGCUUUGCUGCUGCAAAGGCAAGGGUUUCUGAUCAAAGAUUCAUAGAGCGAUUCGACGUAGCUUGCAUGAAAAUUUCAUCUGCUCCAUUUUUUAGUUAGGAAGGCCAGCAUUUCCUUCUUGGAAAAUAUGCGAGAAUAAUAAAUAACUCCAUGCUCGAGAGUGGUUUAGAGGAACCUUAUUCCAGAUAGGACCAUCCGAUGUCGGAUGCUUUUCGACCUCUAUUGCUUUAUGUCUUCUGAUUGUCAUGGUGGGCAGUUGUUUCUGUUGCCAUUUUAGGUCUUCGUGUUCGAAUUGCAAGCGGUUGGGGUUUCUUUUUUGUGAGAUCGCUUGCGGUAGUCUAUGAUUUCGUCCAGAUAUCACUGCGACCUGUUGACAUCGCCUUGUAAUCGGAUGGGAUAUAUAUAUAUGAUUCGAGUAGUAAGUUUGUGAUGUAUGGAAGUCACUAUAAUGUGGGUCUGUCUUUGUCAUCUCACUAACGUGAUUACCCAAAUCAAGACUUGACACAUAAGAUACAAAGCCACGACAAAUGUAUUAUAAUAAAUCGAGUCUGUUUGGUGGACACCA